UGACAGGCUGGCCCAUGAGUUGCGGGGCUGGGUCCACCGUCAUGAAGUGCAGCAGACCAAAUCCAGACGCAUGAGUAACGGCAAUCACAAACCCACAAGGACCAUUCUGAAAACAGAGAAUAAGGAGGAUGCCCAGACUUUGACCGUCCGAUACACAGAUACUCCCGAGGAAAAGAACCCUGGCAACGAGCUGCAGGUUUACUACGCUCCUCACCACACAUACAGCGACUUCUUCGACGAGCUGAACCGUCGCGGCGACACUUUCUACGUGGUGUCUUUCCGCAGGGUGAGUUUCUACUUCACAAAAUACACAGAUCUGAGAGAACUAACAAGGCAUUAGCUUCAGCAUAAAGUACAAUUUAAGAAGGUUU